CCCGCGGAAGAAGCACGGCAAGGUUAGCGUGCCAGAGCACGGCUAUAUAUACACCGCUAUCAGCUUGCACUACAAACAAACUACAAAGGGAGCUGAAAGAUGGCCAGGCUCGCGGUUGUGGCGUGCGCUUUGGCGGCGUUGCUCGCCGCGUCGUCGCGCGGCGCGGCGGCGCAGCAGGGCGUCGGGUCGAUCAUCACGCGGUCGGUGUUCGACGGCAUGCUGCCGCAGCGCAACAACGCGUUGUGCCCCGCCAGAGGGUUCUACACGUACGACGCCUUCCUCGCCGCCGCCAGGGCCUUCCCGGCGUUCGGCACCACGGGGGACCUGGCCACCAGGAAGCGCGAGCUCGCCGCCUUCUUCGGGGAGACCUCUCACGAAACCACCGGGGGAACGAGAGGCGCCGCCGACCAGUUCCAGUGGGGCUACUGCUUCAAGGAAGAGCGGGACAAGACCGAUCCACCCUUCUACGGACGAGGACCCAUUCAGUUGACCCACCGGUACAACUACGAGGCAGCCGGGAAGGCGCUGGGCGUGGACCUGGUGAGCAACCCGAACCUGGUGGCGACCGACCCUGUGGUGUCCUUCAAGACGGCCAUCUGGUUCUGGAUGACAGCGCAGGCGUCCAAGCCGUCGUGCCACGACGUGGCCACGGGCCGGUGGGCGCCCACGGCGGCCGACCGCGCCGCGGGGCGCGCGCCGCCCGGGUACGGCGUGAUCACCAACAUCAUCAACGGCGGGGUGGAGUGCGGCAUGGGGCCCAACUUCUCCGGCGCCGACCGCGUCGGCUACUACAAGAGGUACUGCGACAUGCUCGGCGUCGGGUACGGGAGCAACCUCGACUGCUACAACCAGAAGAAGUUCGGCUAAACGCCGGCCGACCAGCCCAAACGACGUGCCAGCAGUUUAUGUAGUGUGUCUGUGUAUACCUUUGCGAAUUGCGAAUAACUGGCACGUGCCGUCCAUGGAUAAGCAGCUAGAGGUGCGCUGCAUGCUCUGGUUAUGUAUGCUUGUGCAAUGUUGGUGUGAUGGAGAGAACUGAAUGGUUCGAUGUAACCUAUAAGGUGGAAUAAUAUGGUCAGAUGAUCUUCGUCCAAUUA